AUGGCGACAAGCUUGCUAUCGCGAUACCCAUGGGUAGCAGGUCCGUUUGUGGUCAGCGCCCCCAUGAAAGUAAUGUCCGGUCCAGCGCUGGCAGUAGCCGUCUCUCGCGCCGGUGGACUAGGGUUCAUUGGCCCCGGUGCCAAAACACAGGACACAAGUGACGAUCUCGAGAAAGCAUCAUCACUGAUACGCCAAGGGGCCAACACAGUACCAACUCCCGGCUCAACACUACCUGUCGGCAUAGGAUACCAGCUCUGGGGUGACGACAUCAAUGUUGCCGUUGCCGCUAUCGAGAAGCAUAAACCAUGUGCAGUCUGGCUAUACGCCCCACGCCAGGGACCCAAGGAAUACGACGACUGGUCUAGCAAGAUCCGUCAAGCAUCCCCUGACACCCAAAUCUGGAUUCAAAUUGGCACCUUGAAGGAGGCAAAGGAGCUUCUUCAGAACCGUGAGCGACCAGAUGUUAUUGUUGUGCAAGGGGCUGAAUCAGGUGGCCACGGUCGGGCGAAGGAUGGAAUGGGGCUUAUGGCACUGUUUCCCGAAGUGGCAGAUGCCAUGGCAGGCAGCCAGAUUGCUUUGUUUGCGGCUGGCGGAAUCGCAGAUGGGCGCGGUGUUGCAGCGGCACUGUGUCUUGGAGCUUCAGGCGUGGUGAUGGGGACUCGAUUCCUGGCUGCCAGUGAAGCACGCAUUAGCCGGGGUUACCAGGACGAGGUUGUACGUGCAGUCGAUGGUGCGACCUCAACCACGCGUACGCUACUGUAUAAUCACCUCAGGGGCACUUUUGGGUGGCCAGAAGAAUAUAGUCCCCGGACUAUCUUCAACAAAUCAUUUGUUGAGCACCAGGAAGGGAAGUCUUUCGAGGAACUGAAAAGGCUUCAUGAUGAAGCUGUUAAGACGGGCGAUAACGGCUGGGGGCCUGAGGGGAGACUUGCGACAUACGCAGGAGCCUCUGUCGGACUGAUACACGACGUGAAAGGCGCAGAAGAUAUUGUCCGUGAGAUUCGAGGAGAUGCAUUGGAAAUAUUUCAGCGGCUGGUUCCCCGAAAAGAGUAG